GAAGGGGGGUUUCACAAGAGGGCAGAUCACCAAAACCCUCCUCAAGCCUGCAUCUCGCGCGCCCCCCGUGGAGCCACGAAAUCACUCGCAUCUGCGGUGGUCCCAUAUCAGGUCAUUUCGGCCAACCAAUGGCCGCAUUGGCGGGACCCCGAGGGAAGCAGCCAAUCCAAUUUGGGGGGAGGUUGA